ACCACGAAACAGCCCACCAUGGCGACCGCAACAAUGACAUAUACAGACAUGCCCGUAAAGAGACGGCUACCGAAGAAUAUGAAAUUACCGCCAGAGAACGAGCGGUACAUGCGCGCCUGCGCUGAUGUGGCCUCCGCACUGGUACAGGAUUACGAGGCCCAAGCAGAUGGCUCGAAACCCAAAAAAGACCUGAACUUGAACCAACUUAGAGGCCAAAUUGCAAAGAAGCAUUAUUUGAAGAUGCAACCACCGCUCACAGCGAUCAUUGCGGCGGUUCCUGAACACUAUAAGAAAUACAUCUUGCCGAAGCUGAUUGCAAAGCCGAUUCGAAGUGCAUCAGGUAUCGCAGUUGUAGCGGUCAUGUGCAAGCCGCAUCGCUGCCCGCACAUUGCCUACACGGGAAAUAUCUGCGUCUACUGUCCUGGCGGGCCGGAUUCGGAUUUCGAGUACUCAACUCAGUCCUACACAGGGUAUGAACCAACUUCUAUGCGCGCCAUCAGAGCGCGCUAUGACCCUUAUGAGCAGGCCAGGGGUCGUGUCGAUCAGAUCAAGUCGCUUGGUCACAGUGUCGACAAGGUUGAAUACAUCAUCAUGGGUGGCACAUUCAUGUCGCUGCCGGAGUCGUACCGAGACGAGUUCAUCUCGCAACUCCACAAUGCACUCUCUGGAUACCAGACGAAGGACGUAGAUGAAGCGGUCGCGGCUGGAGAGAUGAGCAACACCAAGUGUGUUGGAAUCACCAUCGAGACUCGACCGGACUACUGUCUAGACCAGCACUUAUCCUCCAUGCUUCGGUACGGUUGCACGCGUCUCGAGAUCGGAGUGCAGUCUCUCUAUGAAGAUGUAGCCCGCGACACGAAUCGUGGGCAUACUGUUGCUGCGGUUGCAAAGACGUUUUGUCUUUCAAAAGAUGCUGGGUUCAAGGUCGUGUCGCACAUGAUGCCUGACUUGCCCAACGUGGGCAUGGAGCGCGAUCUUGACCAAUUUGUCGAAUAUUUUGCAAAUCCCGACUUCCGCACUGACGGGCUUAAGAUAUAUCCUACACUGGUCAUCCGUGGCACAGGACUAUACGAGCUAUGGCGCACGGGAAGGUACAAAAACUACACACCCAACGCGCUGAUUGACAUUGUGGCACGUAUCCUCGCGCUCGUACCGCCGUGGACGCGCAUCUAUCGUGUGCAGCGCGAUAUUCCAAUGCCGCUUGUCACGUCUGGGGUGGAAAACGGAAAUUUGAGAGAGCUGGCGCUGGCGCGGAUGAAAGACUUUGGCACUACCUGUCGUGACGUGCGGACACGCGAAGUGGGCAUCAACGAAGUGAAGCACAAGAUACGUCCUGACCAGGUGGAGCUGGUGCGCCGCGACUACACAGCUAACGGCGGAUGGGAGACUUUUCUGGCGUACGAAGACCCCAAACAGGAUAUUCUUAUUGCACUACUGCGGUUGAGGCAGUGUUCCAAAGAGCACACGUUCAGGGAAGAAUUGACAGGGCAGCCAACGAGUUUGGUAAGGGAGCUACACGUUUACGGUAGCGCGGUGCCGGUGCAUGCAAGGGACCCAAAGAAGUUUCAGCACCAAGGGUAUGGUACGUUGCUGAUGGAAGAGGCGGCUAGAAUUGCGGCCGAGGAGCAUGGGAGCCGCAAGAUCAGCGUCAUCUCAGGGGUGGGAGUGCGGAGCUACUACGCGAAGUUGGGAUACUACCUGGACGGGCCGUACAUGAGCAAAGACCUCGAGCCAGCGUGGGAGCGUGAGUGGUAGCUAGUAGCAGUUACAUGGGCGGAGCCGUGUUACGAGAGGAGACUGGAUGUCGGCGAUGUUGAGAAGUGGUUGAAGGGACAGAUCAAGUCAAAGCGAGACGUAUUAUGCGAGAAGGAUAGAAAUCAAAGU